ACACGACUUGUGGAUGUGUGGAGAAACUAUUUUCGUCUUUCCAAUCCUAAAGUGAAAGGUUCAUCUAUACUAAAUUUUGUUCUUCCCCAUUUUUCUUCCAUUUAGUAUUACUUUUAUCAAAAUACAUAUAAACAAAUAUAAACCGUCCACCGUCCUUUUUUUAAAUAUUCAUAAAUAUUGAUCAAGACUUGUCAAAAUGUACUGUUAAUAUUGUAUCAUAAAAUGAAAAGUAUGUAUUAAAGUAUAUUUUGUUGAAUAUAUUUUAUAAGAGCGAGUACCAGAAAAUGUUUACUUCAUCUGAAAGAAGACGUCGUAAUUCGUCCCAGUGGCCUUAUGAAAAAUUACCAAGGGACGAAUUGUUACCAAUUUCCACGUAUAAUUUACCAAAAGAGCUAAAGCAAGUGUUAAAAAAUAAUUCGAAUAAAAAAAAUAAUGAUCAAUUUUGGACGUCAUUCUUAAAAAAAAUAUCGAAUUUACCUGACGUUGAAACGGAUUAUUAUGAGACUUUUAAAAAUCUACUUUAUCUGGAGGAAUUUUAUAAUAAUGAGACACUAGAAAGCACAUCGAAGGCAAAAACAAUUAGAAUUCUCUUUAAUGAGAAACAAAAUAAUUUUAAAAUUAUGCUAAAUAUUGAAGAUGAUCUUUGUUUUUUGAAAAAAGGAUCAACAUUCGAUGUGUAUAAAGAAGGCAGUAUUGUUAAGCAUCCACUGAAAAUUACUGAAAUUCAUUUCGAUCGUAUUAUCGUCGAAGCAGUUUAUCCAGUUAGUUUCGAAAAGCAGUACAAUUCACAAGAAUUUUACAACAUUGAACUCGAAUAUUCGAAUUGGCCGAACCGAGUGUGCCAUUUUGCAUUAGAAUUAUUAAUUGAUUCUAUAUCACUUGAUUCAUGUUUUAUUUAUGAAAAGAGAUUUUCAUUAAAACCAGAGGUAGAAAUUACAAACUGGUUCAAUAAGAAUAUUGAAAAAAAUGAGCAACAAAAGCAAGCUGUUCAACGAAUGGUGGGACGUACAUCAUAUCCGGAGCCUUAUUUAGUUUUUGGACCACCGGGAACGGGUAAAACGGCCACAAUCGUAGAGGCAAUUUGUCAAAUAAAUCGAAGAAGGGACAAUGUAUUAAUUUGUACCCCUUCUAAUGCUGCGGCCGAUGAGGUGACAAGAAGAUUGCUGCAAAAUAAAAUUGAUGACAAUGAAAUUUAUCGAAUGACAAGUAGAUCUGUCGACAGGAGGAAUAUACCGGAAGAUAUCGAGAUUUGUAUGAAUUUUGAAGAUGGAGAACUCGAUUAUUACCACAGUUCGGAGAUUUAUAGGUCUAAAAAAAUAGUUAUAGCAACACUCGUCACAAGUGCAAGAUUUCUGCGACUGCACAGUUUUAGCAGAUAUUUUAAUUAUAUUUUCAUUGACGAAGCGGGACAAGCAACACAACCGGAAACGCUGAUCCCUAUCGCUAUCUCGAAAAAUCACUCGAAAUGUCAAAUUAUCAUGUCAGGUGAUCCAAAACAAUUGGGACCGGUUGUAAUGACAAAAUAUGGCGAUCAUUUACUUGGAAAAUCGAUGCUGGAGCGUUUAAUGGAAAAAAGCGAACUUUACAAAAAGGGUUACAACAAUAAAUACGAUCCGAAUUUUUUAACGAAACUAGUGAAGAACUACCGCAGUCACGAGGCAAUUUUAAAAUUACCAAAUUUUCUUUUUUACGAAAACGAAUUGAUAGCAUGCGCGGGAAAUAAUGUCAAAAUUGCUGAAAAUUGGACUCUACUGCCAAGAAAAAAAUUUCCAAUUAUUUUUCAUGCUGUCUAUGGCUAUGAAGAAAUCAACGAAUUGCACAGUGUCGCAAAUGAAGCGGAAGUGAAAAUUGUCAUUAAAUAUAUAGAAAAGCUAAUUCAUGAUGGAUUAGAUGGUAUUAAAAUUGAGGGAAAAAAUAUUGGCGUAGUGACACCAUUUAGAUGGCAGAAAAGGAAAAUUAAUGAAAUUCUGAAUGAGAAAAAUUUCACAGACAUUUCAGUUGGUACUGUCGAAAAUUUCCAGGGGCAGGAAAAAGAAAUCAUCAUUGUAUCGUUAGUGAGAUCAGCAAUAUUUGUGCAUGAAGGCAGAUAUCACGUAGGAUUUUUGUCCAACGAAAAGAGAUUUAAUGUCACGAUCACUAGGGCAAAAUCUUUAUUAAUUGUCAUUGGACAUCCGAAAGUAUUACAAAUAGACAAUUGUUGGAAAAAAUUUAUGAUGUAUUGUAAGGAAAAUGAAGCCUGCCGCGGAGAUAAUUUUCACUUGAACGAUGUUUUUUCCGCAAUUGAAUUGAAAAGUCUCGUAAACAACAGAAUUGAAAUUGUAGCAGAAGACGAAGACAAAAAGAGGAGAGGUUUCACAUUAGGUGACUUUCUUAGAAAAUAGUAAUUUAAUUAAGAUUUUUUUUUUAUUUCUUCA